GUUUUUCAAAGCUUCUCUGCUGCAGCAAUGGCGGCUCCCAUGUCCUGGAGGAGGCUGGUGUACUCCGUGUACCCACCGGCCAUCGCAGGGGUUUUUACUCGAGUAUCUGACCGUAUCUUCCGCGCAAGAGACAGGAGAAGAGGGUCCUCGGUGCUGCUGCUGGCCCCCCUCCUGGCUGAAGCUGACCCGGCCCCCCGACGUGUCUCCAGGCCCGCGGGGUCCGCUGGAGCUCAGGGCACAGAUGGACUCUUCAGCCACUUCCGAUGGAUGGCAGAGCACGUACCUGCCUUUCGGGUGCCAGGAACCCACAUCCACAUCCUCACCUCACCUGACCAGUUCUACCAGACUAUGAAGGCGCGCAUCAAGACCGCGAAGAGGCGGGUGGUGAUGGCCUCGUUGUAUCUUGGAACGGGUCAGCUGGAGCAGGAGCUGGUGGACUGCAUGGAGGAUGCUCUGCAGCGCUCACAGGAGAACAGUGACGCUCCCGACCUGAAAGUGUCCGUUCUGCUGGACUACACUCGCGGCUCCAGAGGACCGAUAAACUCCAGGACCAUGCUGCUGCCACUUCUGCAGCGCUUCACCUCUCAGAUGAGGGUGUCUCUGUACCACACCCCCGACCUGAGGGGGCUGCUGCGGCUGCUCGUCCCGCAGCGCUUCAACGAGACUAUCGGAGUACAGCACAUCAAAGUCUACCUGUUCGACGACAGCAUUAUCAUCAGCGGGGCCAACCUGAGCGACUCGUACUUCACCAACAGACAGGACCGCUACGUGCUGCUGGAGAACUGUGGGGAGGUCGCCGACUUCUUCUCUGACCUGGUGGAGGCUGUGGGGGACGUCUCGCUGCAGCUGCAGCCCGAUAACUCAGUCACUAUGCUGGAGGGCAUGGUGCACCCGUACAAAGGCAACAGACAAGACUUCUCGGCGGCGGCGAGGAAGCGCAUCAUGGAGGUGAUGAACACAGCCCACAUGAGGCAGAGGCUGUCGAGCCGGCCGGAGGACUCUGAGGACGAGGGGCUGAGCGACGGGGAGGAGGACACGUGGGUGUUCCCUCUGGUGCAGAUGAAACCUCUCGGGAUCCAGGUGGACGAGCAGGUCACACAGCGCCUGCUGACAGAUGCCGGGCCGAACUCCACUGUGUUUCUAACAUCCGGUUACUUCAACCUGACCCAGGCGUACAUGCGGCUGGUGCUUGGUGCCGGCGCCGGCUACCGCAUCCUCACCGCCUCACCUGAGGUCAACGGCUUCUUCGGAGCCAAGGGCGUCGCCGGAGCCAUCCCAGCGGCUUACGUCCACAUCGCCAGGCAGUUUUACAACCAGGUGUGCUCUCUGGGACAGCAGGAGAGGAUACACCUGCACGAGUACCACCGGCCAGAGUGGACCUUCCACGCCAAAGGUCUGUGGUAUUACCUCCAGGGGAAGGACCGGCCUUGCCUCACUCUAAUUGGCUCUCCUAAUUUCGGAUACCGCUCGGUUCACCGUGACCUGGAGGCCCAGAUCGCCAUAGUGACGGAGAACGAGGAGCUGCAGAGCCAGCUGCAGGCGGAGCAGGAGACAUUGUAUCAGCGCUCCACCGAGGUGUCUGGCUCUACGUUCGAGCAGCCGGACCGCCACGUCAAGCUGUGGGUCAAAUUAGUCACUCCCCUCAUCAAGAACUUCUUCUGAGACACCACCAGUUUAGGGGACGUACGACAGCUUUGGUUUUCUUUGGUCCUGAUGUUCAGGGUUGUGCUUGAGGUCAGUCCACGGAUGGGAGACUCGAGUACCAUCGGCAUGCUGGGUGUUUCCAGCCUCACCUUAGCUAUAACCCUUAUCAGUGAGUGCCAGGAAGUGACUGGCACUCACAGGAGAGGAUGUGGUGAAUUCAGCGGGAACAUCUUCUUUUUAAAUCGAACUCCAGAUCCUGCUGUGGUUUACCUACACAGCUGAUACUGAUAGAUUGUUUCACCACCUGAUGUCAUCACAUUGUAGUGUAACUGUUUUACUACAUUUCAAAAAUAACUUCCUACCAUUGCAAAUGCAUUUCUUCAAGAACAUGCUGCAUGCAUAAGAUAGUUUUAGAGACUGUGAUAUAAGAGACGGGUGUGGUGCAGAAAAACAAUCCCUGGAGGAGCCUUAAUAACUGUUUUUAAGAGAGUUUACAGCAGUAAUCAAAGCUAACUGUACAGUGUUUGUGAUUAUCUUUGUAAAUUAAAGGACGUUUUUAAAAUUA